CGUAGUCUAACCGUACUGAUUGGUGAUUGGUUCAUUCUAUUCAAACUGUGAAAGUGCUUUUGUAUUUGUACGUUACAGUUUACUAAAAUAGUAAAAGUUGAGGAAAUCUCAUUUUUCGGGCGUAUUUCGAAACCCUCACCGAAAAUGGAGGACUUUUUCAAAAUGGAAAAAAUCGGUGAAGGAACCUAUGGGGUUGUAUACAAGGGGCGCAACAAAAAGACGGGUCAACUGGUCGCGAUGAAAAAGAUAAGGGUAGAAUCCGAGGAUGAAGGUGUACCGUCCACGGCGAUACGCGAGAUCUCUCUUUUGAAAGAGUUGCGGCAUCCCAAUAUCGUAACCCUCGAUGACGUUCUAAUGGAUGAAUCUCGCCUCUAUUUAAUUUUCGAAUUUUUAUCGAUGGACCUGAAGAAGUACCUCGAUAAGUUGUCGAAGACGGAGCUGAUGGAUCCGAAGCUCGUUCAAAGUUACCUCUACCAGAUUAAUCAAGCAAUCUUGUUUUGUCACCAAAGGCGCAUAAUGCAUCGUGACUUGAAACCGCAAAACCUACUCAUCGGCAAGGAUGGUUCGAUUAAAGUGGCCGACUUUGGACUGGGUCGCGCCUUCGGCGUACCGGUUCGCGUGUACACCCACGAAGUGGUCACGUUAUGGUACCGCGCCCCGGAGAUACUGCUCGGAUCGUCGCGCUACUCCUGCCCGAUCGACGUCUGGUCGACGGGCUGCAUCUUCGCGGAGAUGGCGACGAAAUGUCCGCUGUUUCAAGGCGACUCCGAAAUCGAUCAGCUGUUCAGAAUCUUUCGCGUCCUGAUGACACCCAACGAGAAAUUGUGGCCCGGAGUUUCCGCGCUGCCCGAUUUUAAGGCGACGUUCCCGUGCUGGAGCACGUACAGUUUGGACAACCACGUGAAGUGCCUUUCGGAAAGCGGACUCGAUCUGUUGAAGCAGAUGCUCGUGUACGAUCCCCCCAAGCGGAUAUCGGCGAAGGGAAUAGUCGCGCAUCCGUACUUCGUCGAUUUGGAUCGGUCGGUCAAACCGCAAUUUCCCGAAUAAUGGUUUGACUGUGGUAUAACUAGUGUUUUGUUUUCAUAUUGUUUAUCUUUGUUAAGUGUAAAAAGGUCCAGUUUAGUUCUUUAGUAAGGAGAAUAGUUCUUCAAUUAGAAUCGUUUGCAUUGUGAAAUUGAAACAUUGUUUAAAAUUGACGGUGCAAAUGGCCAUUAGUGAAUUAAAUUAUUUUGAUUAAAUAUGAUAUGGGUAGA